AUGAGUGACAAGUCUAAACGCGUUGCGGUCAUUGGCGCUGGAAUCAGCGGAGUAGUUACUGCUGGCCACCUUUUGGCUGUUGGGAUUGACGUGACUGUCUUUGAAAGAAGCCAUGCAGCCGGGGGUGUCUGGCUAUAUGACAAGCGCACUCCGAUUGAAGCUCAAUAUCCAUCCCCGAGACCGACGGCUUCGCAGGAGUAUGUGAAAGACGAGCGCGGAGAAAAGGAGAGGAAGAUAUUACUCCAUGCACCUCCGGGGCCCUGCUAUGAAAGUCUUACCAAUAAUGUCUCCACCCCGUUGCUAGAGACCAAGCUCAAUACCUGGCCAGAAGGAACGGCACCUUUUGUGAGACACUUCGUCCUUAGGGAUUAUAUCCAAGAUACGGCUAAGAAGGCUGGCGUCGACAAUGUGACUAAGUAUGGUGCUCAAGUCACCAAGGUCUAUAAGGAGGGAUCGACGUGGACGGUCAAGUGGAGUACGUUGAAGGAAAAUGAUGAAGAUAUUAUCGAGAACGAGGAUUCUGCGACGUAUGACUCUGUCAUUGUUGCUUCGGGGCAUUAUCAUACGCCUCUUAUUCCUGAUAUCCAAGGACUCCCUGAGGCGAAAGCGCGAUGGCCCGCAAAUAUCUAUCAUUCCAAGGCUUUUCGAAGAUCAGAAGGAUUUGAGGGGAAGAAUGUACUCCUACUUGGAGGAGGAGUCUCCUCUCUGGAUAUCGCCAAAGCAAUCAGCACGACAGCAAAUCAAGUCUACCAAAGCACGCGCAACGGCGCCUUCGAUCUUCCAGAAACCGCCCUCCCCGAGAAGACCAAAAGAAUCGGCGAAGUCGGCUCAUUCGAGAUCUCCCAUUCAACUUCUCCAACCGAACACUUACCUUUGACUGUAUCCCUCAAAUCCGGAGAAACCCUACAAGACAUCGACACUAUAAUCCUGUGCACAGGCUACCAGAUGGCCCUUCCAUUCCUAGCCGAAUACAACAACCACAGCAUAUCCGCACCCGAAGCGAACGACACAGUCCUCGUAACAGACGGCGCCCAAAUCCACAACUUGCACCAAGACAUUUUCUAUAUCCCAGAUCCGACACUCGCCUUUGUUGGUAUCCCCUUCUACACAGCGACAUUCUCUCUAUUCGAGUUCCAGGCUAUCGCCGUGGCAGCGUUCCUGUCGGAAAUGGCUCGGCUUCCACCUCCUGCGGUAUUACGCGAGGAAUAUGAGACUCGCAUUAAGGAGAAGGGGUAUGGGCGGGCCUUCCAUUCUCUUAAAGAUCAGGAGGAGCCUUAUGUCGAGAAACUUAUGGAAUGGGUUAAUUCUGGGAGGGCAGCGCAUGGCUUGCCUCCCAUUGAGGGUCAUACUAAGACUUGGAUUGAAGAGAGGGCUGCGAUGAGGGAAAGACUUCGAUUGUUGCUUGCUGGGCAGCUUCCGCCGGAUAAUGUUCUCAGAGGUCCUUUAGAAGUGGAAGUAGCUGCUUGA